GACCAUCCAAUUCGCUGAAAAAAAAAGUAUUAACCUGCAUUAAUAGGCAUUGAAAAGGCUGCGGAGCAAUAGGAAAACCAGUGAAUAGGGUAUAAACGUACAUGGGCUCAACACCAGAGGCAGAGGCAUUGCUGAAAAUUACCCUCAACCCACUGCGAAUCAAUCCAAUCAACACACACGCGCACACCCACCCAUACACAGGCACACACGCACCUUCGUACGUCGUUUCGUCCACCCCCCAUCAGCUCGCCGCCCCCCAUUUGCCCUCGUCCGUGCCAGCAGCCAUCGAUGAAAUAACAUACAUAACGUAUACCGAAAAUACAUAAGGCAAAACGGGGCAUAUCGGGCAAGGGAGUGAGAGUGAUACACAGGCGAGUGACAGCAGGAGACAAAACGCAGCCGAAUCAUGUCCGAUAUUAUGAAUAUCGACAGCAUUAUCUCCCGUUUGCUGGAGGUGCGCGGCGCACGUCCGGGUAAAAAUGUGCAACUGUCGGAGAGCGAGAUACGCAGCUUGUGCCUGAAGUCACGGGAGAUAUUUCUGUCACAGCCGAUACUGCUGGAGCUGGAGGCACCGCUGAAGAUCUGUGGCGACAUACACGGCCAGUACUACGAUCUGUUGCGUCUGUUCGAGUACGGUGGCUUUCCGCCCGAGUCCAACUAUCUGUUUCUGGGCGAUUAUGUGGAUCGCGGCAAGCAGUCACUGGAGACGAUAUGCCUCCUCUUGGCAUAUAAGAUAAAAUAUUCGGAGAACUUUUUCUUGUUGCGCGGCAAUCACGAGUGCGCCAGCAUCAACCGCAUCUACGGGUUUUACGACGAAUGCAAGCGCCGUUACACCAUCAAGCUGUGGAAAACUUUCACAGACUGCUUCAACUGCUUGCCCGUGGCGGCCAUUGUCGAUGAGAAGAUCUUCUGCUGUCAUGGCGGCCUCAGUCCGGAUCUGUCCUCGAUGGAGCAAAUUCGUCGCAUUAUGCGUCCCACAGAUGUGCCCGAUCAGGGUCUAUUGUGCGAUCUGUUAUGGUCCGACCCGGACAAGGAUACCAUGGGCUGGGGUGAGAAUGAUCGCGGUGUGAGCUUCACAUUUGGCGCGGAGGUUGUGGGUAAAUUUCUACAGAAGCACGAGUUCGACCUCAUCUGUCGUGCCCAUCAGGUGGUGGAGGAUGGCUACGAGUUCUUUGCCAAGCGACAGCUGGUCACGCUCUUCUCGGCGCCCAACUAUUGCGGGGAGUUCGACAAUGCGGGUGCCAUGAUGUCCGUUGACGAUACGCUGAUGUGCUCCUUUCAGAUAUUGAAACCCGCCGAUAAGCGACGCUUUGUUUAUCCAAACUUUGGCAGCUCGGGACGUCCGCUGACACCGCCUCGUGGCGCCAACAAUAAAAACAAGAAGAAAUAAGCAGCCAAGCCACAGCAAACACACACACACACACGAGCACACACAACUGCACAACACGCAAAGGCAAAGGCGAAGGCAAAGGCAGAACGAGUCCAGAACUGGAAGCGCGCAAAGAGUUUGUUUUUAUCGAAUAUAUAUAGAUGUGUAAUCGAAUCGAAUCGUGAGCAACGUUAUAUGGGGUAUAUGAGAAUCUAUAUAUACAAAUUAGCCUAUUUUUCAUUUGAAAAAACAAAACAAAACAUAAAAAUCGAAACUAAAAUUACAAACAAAAACAAAAAAACAAAUCGAGAGACACUUUAGUUCAAAGUAAUUGUAGUGUAAGACACUGCAUAAGGCAAAAGGAGUAACGCAUGAAUAUUUGUAUCUCCUUUAAUGUAUUAAUUGUUUUUCCCCCACACACACACACACACACACACACACACACAAACACACCAUGCAUAGCACAGGUACACGAUGGAGCGUACAGUGGGUACAAAAAGCGUGCACGCACCAAGUUGUAUUUUAUUUCGCAUUUUAUUUUUUGAUAACUC